AGUUGUAAUAUCGAGAGGAAACAUGUCACAGUUUUAGCAGACGAUAAAUUGGCUCCCAGGACUGUUUAAUCAAUAAGCAAAACUGAAUUAGGGACACGGGUAUUUUUCCCGCGUGGAAAGAGAAGACGGUGUUUCAGCAAUCUUCGAAUCGAAUUACUAGUAUGGCUACAGACACGCACGCUUCAUAAGACAUUUAACGUACAAUGGUUAAAGACGGCGAAUAACUCUGCAGACGAUUCGUUCCUGUUGAUGACGGCAAAUGGAUCGACAACGCUGUUUAUUCAGUCUGCUCUUCGCUGUGGUUUGUAUUGGAGUAGCUCCUACCAAUGGAGCCAAGGGGAAUGAUUCGAGUACACAGCAUAGCAAGUUUUUAAAUAAGAUAUUCAAACAUUAUGACAAACGUGUGCGGCCUAACUUUGACGGACCCCCAGUGAAUGUUACCUGCGAUGUAUUCAUUUCCAGUAUAGAUUCGUUCACGGAGACAACAAUGAGUUAUGAGAUGGUGCUGUACAUGCGACAGAAUUGGAACGAUCCGAGACUGAAAUUUAAUGACUACAACCAUACAGUUACAGUUGAUGUUAGCCUUUUGGAUAACCUCUGGUUCCCGGAUCUUUACUUUCCAUCAGAAAAGAAAGCAGAAACCCACGAUAUAACAACAGAUAAUAAACUGCUUCGAUUGUCUCCAAAUGGCGAUAUACUGUACAGUAUUAGGUUAUCCCUGCUACUUUCAUGUCCGAUGAAAUUUCACCAGUUUCCGAUGGACAACCAAACGUGUACCCUGCAGCUCGAAAGUUAUGGCUACACAACUGAAGAUGUCAUUUUUACCUGGCGUGAAGGUACACCUGUCGACAUUAGUGGAGAUGUUGAAUUGCCAACGUUUUCUAUUGUGAACUUGCAUGUGGCAUCUUGCACGAAAUGGUAUUCGACAGGAGCUUACACUUGCUUAGAAGCCAUUUUUUAUCUGAACCGACAAAUUGGCUACUAUAUCAUACAGAUAUAUUUACCAACAACGUUGAUCGUGGUGAUCUCGUGGCUAGCGUUUUGGAUCAGCCCCGACUGCUCACCCGCACGCGUGGCGCUAGGUAUUACCACGGUGCUUACGAUGACCACGCAAAGUGCUGGUGCUAAUUCUUCUCUGCCUAAAGUGUCGUACAUAAAGGCGAUAGAUGUUUGGAUGUCAGUGUGCCUAAUUUUCGUUAUCUCGGCCAUGUUAGAAUUCGCUUGUGUAUCGUAUCAAGCGAGAAAAAAGAAGAACGUAAAGGAUUCAAAACCAAAGUUCAAGAAUGGACUGAAGCAGCAACGAUUUGCACAGGGAAUGAACGGCAAUGUUCAUCAAAUGCUAACAAAAGAAGAUAUUUGCCAAAUUUCGGUUACUCCCGAUACUGCACACAAGUCUAAAGGAGCAACUGGUGUUGAAAUUAUUGACCGUGUCUGUAGAUUCGCUUUCCCGAUAAGUUUCGCUAUAUUCAACGCAGUCUACUGGACAUUAUAUUCGCAUGUGUACUAAUCAAAUAUAAUGUCACUUUUGUGUGCAAUAGUGCGUUUUAGUGAUUCAUUUUCGAUAAUGUGUACAAUAUCACAAUGAAGAUGGAGAUCAUGAAAUGCAGCUUAACUUACUUUCUAAACACUGUCCUUUACGGCUGCUGAUUGGAUGACGAAUUGAUGAACGAACCUUAAUAAAUGAGGUAGCCAAUCGUAAGGUCCGAUAUUUCCCCACCAUAUGAUGUUUACACGAUUCUAUGAUGCAACCGAAGAUAAAAACAACUGCAGUUAAUUGACGCAAACGGUUGGUGCUGUUGUACUGGUCUUUUAACCAUACCUAUAUAAGGUGGCAAAUUUGAUCUUUACAUUCUUCUCAUAAACACUUAGUUUAGAAGCCGCCUAAAAGCUCCAGUAUUAUCAUAAUAACAUAUUUCCUAGCUAGGGCCUACCUUAUUAAUUGUUUACACGUACCAUUUCUGCAACGAUCGGUAUUUUUUUCAGAUAGUAAUGAAAAUACGAAUGAACUAACCUGCUUAGAUACAUGUAUCCAAAUCCGACAUGUAAAGUAUGGAAUUGCUAGUUAAAGAUACACAGUAUUGUAAUAAUAUUUGUUUGGUUUACAGUAAUCGCUCUAGUAGGCUUAUGCGUCCUUUGACCUCGCGCUUUCUCCAAUGUUGAACCAUGACUUGUCUGUAUACACCAUUUUCGCUAAAUUUGAAAUGAAAAUCUAUGAGAACCUGGCAACUACCGCUUGGAGGAUUUUCAGAGGCCUAGGAAUUUCUCUCUACAUAGUUACCAGUGUUUACCGUGCUCUGUGACUGUUGU